AUGGUGGCCCAACUGCUAGGGCUGGCUUUUCUGUUUCUACCUGUCAGCUUGGUCACCUGUGCAACUCAAGGUAAGUUGCAAAUCAAUUCCAACUGGGAGGUGGUGUAUCAGGACAUCAGUGUGUAUGGCGUGGUGGGAAAAGCGGUGAUCCUGGAGUGCGGCACCACCUUACCCGACAUGUACAUAUGGAGCUUCACCAAGCCGGGCACUGAAGCUAUACAAGCUGUGGUGUACGAUUUGGGGAAAGGAACCAGGAUCCAGCAGCUGGCCCUGACUCUGGGACAGUUGACAGUCAUCUCAAACAGUGCAGCUGUGAGCAUCGAGAAUCUGCCUGUGGCUGCACACGGCCUGUUCACCUGCCAGGCCUUCUAUGAUAUAGAAACGGACCCCAAAGUAGUCUACCACUACGUGCACCUCACUGUCCGAGUUCCAGUCAGUAAGCCUUACCUCCUGAUGAGUGAUGUGUCUCCGGUGGAAGGAUCGACCAUGUGGAUGCGCUGCAAUCUGGAAAACGGAACUGGACCGAUCCAGUAUGUGUGGCAACACGAAACCCGCACAGGCAACAUAUCCACCUUUGCACAGGGGAACACCAGCUUGAUCAACGUGACCGAUGUCAACCGAAACCACACUGGCUGGUUCCGCUGUGUGGCCAGCAACAACGUCAACAGCGAGAGCUCUAACCGGCUAUGGCUAGACACAAUUUUUGGCCCAGACAUUCCUCAAAUAGACGUGACUCCAUACAGUAUGACAGAGCGGGGAUACUCAGCCCUGGAGAGAGAGACUGUUGCUUUACUCUGUCAAGCCCAGUCCAACCCGGCCAGUCAGUACGUCUGGUUCUACAACAACUCCCAGGUCUACACCGGGCCGCAGUUAACCAUCACCAAGAUCCUCCGCAUGCACACUGGCGACUAUGCCUGCUUGGCACAGAACACGUACCUUAACACCCGCUCCAGAAAAACCAUCAGCCUGACUGUCUACUACCCGCCCGAUGGCUCCCCCUCCUGUUCUGUGCAGCCGGCUCUGAAUCACACCUCGCUGAGACUGCUCUGCUCCUGGCCCGGUGGUUUCCCCUCCGCCUCCCUCGACUGGAGCGAAGACCUGAAACGACUGGGACAGGAGGAGGCAGACACGAGGCAGCAACCAAAUCCACUGACCAACACUGCCCUCUUGCUGCCAGCUGAAGGCCUGACUUCCAACAAUAGCUUGUUUUCAUGCAUGGGUUCCCACCCAGCUCUCAAGCAGUCGAUAGCGUGCAGCACGCGCUCAUAUGUUCCCCCUGCAGAGCCAGUGUGUUUUGCCUAUGUGACCAACAACAAGCAGUAUCUGAUGCUGUCCUGCUCCUGGGAUGGAGGGGCCCCAAAGGCCUUGGUGUGGUGGGAGGGCCCAGGUGAUCAAGGCAAAGGCGGAGAAGAAAACUCCAACAUCCUGAUCCUUCGCUAUGGCACCGCUCGCAGCGAGAAGCCCUACACCUGCCAUGCUAAACAUCCUCUCCUGGGGCAAACCAAGACCUGCAGGCUCACACUGGAGGCUCCUGUGUUGCUGACACAGCGCAGGGUUGUGUCUGUGUAUGAGGGGAGUGAUGUGCAGCUCACCUGCAACCUGAGAGCCAACUAUCUCCCGGUCAGUGAAAUCACCUGGUUCAACAAUCAGGGUGCGGACACCAUGGACACCUCCAAGUACAAUCUCCUGCGAACAUCUGCAUGGGCCAAUCUGACUGUGAGAGACACGGAUGAGACUGGAGACAGUGGCGAGUACAGAUGCACCACCUCCAACGCAGUGGGAGGAACUGAAAUCAAUGUCACUUUAGUGGUCAAGAGGCACCCCAUGCCACCCAAUGCAACCCUUAUCAAUGCGAUGUACAACAGCCGUCAGCGUACCGAGGUGGAGCUGGAGUGGCAGGUGCAGAGCGAGGAACCCGGAGGGUGGACGGGUUUUGUCCUGGAGCACAGAUGGGUGUCAGAGCAACCCGGGAGGAGAGGCAGCAGCAACGACUCCAAAGACGAAGCCGAGGAUAGGAUUGGUCCACCAGCCUGGUACCGUAACCUCAUCCAGGACCCCGAUGUCAGAAGUCACACAGUACCAAGACUUACUCCCACCACCACCUACCAGUUCCGUGUCACACCUGUCAACCAUCGCACCAUUGGACACCCUUCGGCACCAAAGACUCCAGCGGAGCCGCGCUCCAACAUGUACCCUGCUGUGAUCGGAGCAGCUAUCGGCGGAAUGCUCUUUGCAGCCCUCCUCACGGCUCUGCUGCUCGUGUACGUAAUCCGCAACCGCAACAACAAUCCUCGGCUUCAUGAUAUGCUGUUUGGCUUGCAGCACAGCCAGUCGAGGGAAAACAUCAACUUCCCAGAGGAUGACGUUGUUGGCGGGUCGGAGGGAGGAAUAGAGGAGAUUGGUGGAUUUUCCAGUCCAGGUCCAACCAUGGCUUUACCCCGGGCGUCUUCUCCCCUCACCACCUCGCCCAUGAGUGCCACCCCCUCUGCGAGCCAAGGCCCUCCCCCCGGAGACGAUAACGAACCUGUCAGCGUCACCAUCACCGUCAACGCCACAGGCUCAUAAUCAUUUAUCACAUACUCCCCCA